GUAUCCUUCUUCACCAUUUUGGCCGUCGCCAUGGCUGCUCCUGGUUUGGUAACCGAAACCCAUGUGGUCCAGCCGGUGCUUACCAAAGUGGCCCAUGGCAUUCCCACUGCUGUGUCCCACCAAAGUUUCAGUCAAAUUCACAGUAAGACCCAUGUUGUAACUCCCGUAGUGAAGACAGUUGCCACUCCUUUGGUCCACACCUAUGCUGCUGCUCCUGUUAUCAAAACCGUUGCCCCCGUCGUACCUGUUGUGAAAUCAACUGUUGUAGCACCUGUUGUUCCCGUUGUCAAGACUGUAUCGGCUCCUGUUGUCCCCGUGGUAAAGACUGUCGCCACUCCAGUUGUUCACACCUACUCUGCACCCAUCAUUAAAACUGUGGCUACUCCAGUUGUCCACACAGCUCCUGUCGUUAAAACUGUUGUAUCCUCUCCCGUUGUUCCAGUUGUCCAUGCUGCUGCUCCUGUUGUUAAAUCGGUGUUUGUUCAUUAA